AUGAUUCCAAAUGGUCAUCUUGAAAGUAAAGUGAAAGCUGGGGAGCAUUUAGAAAAGUCACAUGAGACUAUUGACUUAAGGACGUCACAGGCAUUGGCAGAUUUCAAUGAUAUUAGCCAACAAGUUGGGGAUCCAUUGCAAGGGAGCUUGAGCACCACUGCUUUAGUUGCAUCAUUGUUUAGGGAAUCUGUGCUGAAAUUUGGUUCCUCUUUGAAAUGUCAAAUCCAUGUUCCAUUAUUCUUAGUCAUCGCCCUUGCUGUCAUUCUCCUCCUGAUGCAGAUUAGCAUUCUGGUAUUAUUAAGUAGAUACCAGCCGGUACAUGUGUUUCCACAAGCAGACUGCAUCAGUGGCACGUGCAGCAGAGUAGGGGGAAGAGGGGCCGAGACAAUGGCUUUUAUGGAGAGGCAGUUUAACCAUCUUAAAGACGAGAUGCUCAUUGUCGAGAGACUGCUUGAAAAGACGCAGCAUAAUUAUGCCCUAUUGAAACUGCAACUCGAAGACCUAGAGCUUCUUAGAAAGCAGCAGAGAUAA